UCCUACUUUCUUAACCGAAUUCUGUCCCAAGGCUGCGUAUAUACCGAAGGAUUUGUUGAAGCCGCUUCAUUGCAGAGAAAUCUCAGUUUCUUGGACAGACACAGUUAUAAGUUUUGCUGGAAAUCGGAAUUUAGGUGUGAAACCGGUAUCCAGGCAAAUCAUCAUGAGGCCAACUCUGUUUUACCUGAUAUUGUGUUUGAUUGUCGUAAGGCCCAUCCAGGGAUCACGUUUGAGCAGACUUGAAGAUGAUGUCAAAAGUCUUAAAAGCUUUAUCUUCAGGGAGCUAUCAUCUAUUCGAGAUGAGGUCAAAGAAAUUUCCAACAGAGUCGACAUUUUAGAAAAUACCACGGUUACGCACGACCUCAGCAGUUCUAGCAAGGAAAUGGACAUUACUUCUAACAACCUUGGUGAUAGAACUGGAGAAAGUGGCAAGCAACUCGAACGUGCUAGGAACAAUGAAGGAAGUCAUGCUGUAAUAGCAGAGGUUCAAAAUAUGCGCAAAGCUUACGCAAAUGACAAAAAAAACUUACAUCAACUGAAGCAAGAUGUUAAAGGCAAACUGAGAAAGCUUAAAAAAAAGAUAACUAGCCAUAUGCAUAAUCUAAAUGCAGACGUGCAACACAAUAUCGAGUACAUUCAUGAAAAUAUAUCGCUGGCAAACGUUUCUUUGUCCGAGUUCAUCAACGGGUCUAUUUCAAACGUUAGCAUGUUUUCGGACAAUAUCAAAAAGGAAAUAAAAACGUUUCUUGAGAACACCAGGCACGAGCUUACUUUACAAUUUAAUAAAACGGAAUCAAAAAUAAAACAAAACAUUGUUUCCACAUAUCGCCAAAAUGAAAACAACCUUGAACGUUUCCUGACACUUGCUGAUCGUAAUGUUAAUCAAAUGAUUCUUAAAGCAGAUAAAUCUUGCAUGUGUUUAUGUCACAACCAAUUGUCAAAAUAGAGAUAAUAUGAAGGUUUGUGGCAAUAGUAUUAAACACGUUUUUACACUGUCAAUAUGUGUAUAUUUAUAUGCAAUUAGCAACAAGUGUAAUUUGCAUUUUAUAAACAGCUCUUAUGUUUGUAAAAAGUGUUGUUAGACAUACGUCUCUCCCGUUAUUGUUUGCUUUGUAUAUUUCCAUAUUGCUUGUUUUGUUCUAUGAAAAAAGCUUCGUUAUUAUAUCGCCUUUCGUAUUUUCUUAUGAUUUCAUGUUAUGAUGAAGUUAUUUUUUAAAAAAGUUGUAUAAUAUACUUGAGAACUUAAUUUGUUAUUCGGAAGAGUAAUUAAAACUAAAAUGUA